AUGAGCUUCGAUAAUUCGGCAACACCGUUGUACAGUGUUCCUUGGCGACAGAUAUUUGAAGAAGGAGAACGAGGAAGGAUAAAUAAUCUUCUUCAUCAUGGAAACGCCUUGGUGAGUGUCUCUGGAAAUGGCAAAAUAGUUCGGUCCUGGGUUGCGACUUCUGGUUUCAUGCAGUGGGAAGUGGUACUCAGUGCUCAACCAACUUCGAGAACUGCUGCCAUGUUCAUGGGCAACCGCAAAGCUGAGAGUAUUGUUGUUCUUCAUGAUGAUCUCUUAUUCAAUCUAAGAAUUUCUGAUGGUUCUGAAAUAUGGAGAAUGUCUUUGCCUAAAAUGAAGAAUAUAAAGAAUGUUUAUUUGAAUAUUAUUGAGCGAGAUGUUUAUGUUGUUGGUAUAGUUCCUAAUUCUCAUGCUGAAAUCAUUGUCAUUAACAAUGAAGGAAAUCCCAAAUCUUCAAAGACCAUUUCGGCAGCAUGGUUAUCAAGUGACAGCAAUUGCAUAAUGACAUCAUAUCAUCUUACCUGCUUUGAUAACAGUUCCUUGAGUCUAAUGUUGCUGCCUUUGAAUAAUGGUGUAACAUUUAUUCCAACCUUACUCACUGAUCUUGGUAUUUCAGACUCUAUAACUGCUUUGGAAUAUGCAGGUGGAGAGAUAUUCAGUAUGAAAUCUGGCCUGUUGUUGGCUCGUUUACAUUUUGGUUACACAGCCUUACUUAAAGUUGCUUUAGAUGGUCCAGUAUCAUUAAUGGCACCAUUUGACAAGCUCCUGUGUGCCCAUUUAACCAAACAUGGAGAUAAAUCAAUGCUGAUUACACUGGAGAUGACUGGUACAGAGCUUCUCAAAAUGUCUGGGUUUGAACUUUCUUCUGGAUCCCUGGUUCGUGUUCGAGAUUUAACCCAUAAAAUAUCUUAUUCCAAAUCGCAUGGUAAACCAGGGAAGAUCGAUACCCUUCUGUUCUCCAAAAAAGACGGUCGAAUUGGUUAUAAAACGAUGCUUCGAUCUGAGGAUUACACCUUACAUUUAAUACACAAAGCUGGUCGUGUAGCAUGGCGCAGAGAAGAAGCAUUGGCUUACAUUUUUGCAGUUGAAAUGGUUGAUUUACCAUUGUCAGAAUCCCAGGCAAAGUUUGAAGAUGAAUUUGGCUCCCAGCAAAAUGAUGUUCUGACUAUGUUUAUGAAAAGAAUCAGUUCUCAAAUCGGACAAGUCAAGAUGUUACUGCAGUACAUAUUACAAAGGCUUCAGGGUCAUCGACACCACCAGCCGUCUUCCAUGUUGGAUGAUGAUGAAGAUGUGGAGUCUGAAGAAGAUGAUACAGAGGAAGACGAAGAAGAUUUGACCAGAGAUGAUUUCAAUCUCAACAAAAUUAUAGUCGCCAUCACUCGUCCUGGAAAGCUGUUUGGCAUCCGAAGUACCAACGGUCGUAUCAUAUGGUGCCAUUAUAUUUCCAAGAUGGCACCAUUCAACAACUAUGGUAAACCAAGUCUCAUGCUCUUUGUCCAGAGAACUACAGCACAUGUUGGUAACCACCCUCAGUGUUUGGUUCUCGGUAAAAACAAAGUGAGUGGUGAAGGGGUGAUUUAUGCCUUCAACCCUGUAACUGGGAAUCCUGUGUCUGACAUUCCAUCCAGUGGCAAGAAUCUCGCUUACCGAGUGGUUCAGGCAGCUAUGUACUCUGAGGUGGACAAGAACUAUUUGAAAGGAGUGCUUAUACUGGACAGUAAUUUUGUUGUUCACACGUACCCAGCUUCCUAUCAGAUGACUCUCCGUAAAUGCCUACCCUCAGUGUUUUUCUACUCCGUUAGUGUAGAGGAAGGACAAAUGCAAGGUUAUCGACUAAUUAGCAACAGAGAUAAGAUUGUGGCUGAGAAAACCUGGAUGGUCAAUAUGCAGAACAACAUACAGACCAUAACAAACGUUGUUACCAAGAGAAACUCAGAAGUUGUACAUUCCUUGGGCCGUGUCCUUGGUGACAGAAGCGUUCUCUAUAAAUACCUCAACCCCAAUCUGGUGGUUGUCACUGCUGAAGGGGAGGAGACCCCAUCACCUUCACAGAAAUUUCCAUCCAACUUUCUGAAUAUUUAUUUGAUUGAUUUGAUCACUGGAAAUGUUGUUUACCAUUCCAAACAUAGCAGAGUGAAAGGGCCUGUUAAUGUGGUACAUUCUGAGAACUGGGUUGUGUAUAAUUUCUACAACCAAAAGAAUAGACGCAAUGAAAUGGUCGUCCUUGAGAUGUAUGAAGGGAAAGAACAAAGCAACUCUACAGCUUUCUCGUCUCUAAAUCCCAUAUUGGCACCGUUGGUUACAAGACAGGCUUACAUAUUCCCAGCUUAUAUCUCCAACAUGGCUGCCACGGUGACAGAGAAAGGCAUCACAAGCAAACAUGUGAUUGUGGCCCUCAAAUUUGGUGGUCUCCUGUCUGUGCCAAAAGCCUUCCUCGAUCCUCGACGGCCUGUAACACCAACACAGCAGCACAUGGAAGAAGGAAUUAUUCCUUACAUGCCAGAGAUUCCUAUCAACAUAGAAGCUAUUGUCAACUACAACAAGAGUGUUGAUGGAAUCAGUGGUAUUUACACUGGUUCUGCUGGGUUAGAAUCAACUUCUCUAAUCUUAGCCUAUGGACUCGAUCUUUUCUACACCCGGGUGAACCCUUCGAAGAUGUUCGAUGUCCUCAAAGAUGACUUUGAUUAUAUAUUUAUUAGCAGUGUACUAAUUGGUAUGAUUGUGGUGUCUGUUGUGUCACAAAAACUAGCAGCUCGAAAAGCUUUGAACAGAGCCUGGAGAUAACUGUCACAUCGUUUUAAUUAAUUAUAUUUAAUGAUCUUUUCUUACAUUUUCUAUGUAAAUUAUUAUUGUUAUUCACAUUUUUUUUUGUGCUGUUUUUUUAAAAAUUUCUUUUCUACAUCUACAAAUAAAAAGAAAAUUAAAAUA